AUGGGUUUUCAAAGGCCACUUUCACUCAUUUCCCUCUUUGUUACGCUAACCUUCACAUAUCAAGCCACUGCACAGCUAAAAUUCAUAGAUAGUUGUAACAAUUGGAUGGGAAACUACACAGCUAGAAGCACCUACAAGAACAACCUCAAUGCCCUUCUCAUCAAUCUCACUUCCAACACAAACAUUGACUAUGGCUUCUUCAAUUUUUCUUAUGGCAAAAGUCCUGACAUAGUGAAUGCAAUUGGUCUCUGCAGAGGAGAUGUUAGCCCACAAGAGUGCCUUAAUUGUCUCAAUGAUUCAAGAGUUCAGCUCACAAGAAAGUGCCCAAAUCAAAAAGAGGCAAUUGGUUUUGGUCUUGCAUGCAUGCUUCGUUACUCUAGCCAUUCAAUAUUUCACAUUAUGGACCCUCAAAUUGAAUACUAUGAGUGGACUGGAAUCAAUGCAACAAAGGUUGAGCAGUUCAAUGGGGUACUCAUGAAUUUGCUGAAUGGUCUAAGAAGCAAAGCUGCAUCUGGUGACUCCCUUCACAAGUUUGCUGCAGGAAAUGUCACAGGACCAAGUUUUCAAAAUAUAUAUGCUCUUGUGCAGUGCACACCUGAUCUGGUUGAGCAAGAUUGUAAUGAUUGUUUGUUUGGGGCAUUCUCAGAAAUCACAAAAUGUUGCAGUGGCAAUAGAGCGGUAAGAAUUGGAAGGCGUAGUUGUAAUGUUAGAUUUGACACCAAUCGCUUCUAUGGACCUAUAAAUGACACAACACCUUCUCCUCAUGUGCAACCUAACUAUAACACACCAACUAAAGGACACAGCUACACAUUAAGGACUGUCAUCAUCAUAGUUGUUGCAGCUGCUUCCCUUGUCACACUAUUCGUCUUUAUUUGUAUAUAUUUUGCAUUAAAGGGUCCAAGGAAAUAUAGUGAAGGUGAAACAGAAGCAAAUGUUGAAAUUAAAAUUGAGGAGCCACUGCAAUUUGAUUUUGACACCAUAGAAGUAGCUACAGAUAGCUUCUCUGAUGCAAAUAAGCUUGGUGAAGGCGGAUUUGGACCUGUUUACAAGGGUAUGCUCUUCAAUGGACAAGAGAUUGCUGUCAAAAGGUUAUCAAAAGCUUCUAAUCAAGGAGAUAUUCAGUUUAAGAAUGAAGUCAUGUUGGUAGCCAGGCUUCAACACCGAAAUCUUGUUAAGCUACUUGGUUUUUGCUUGGAGAAAAGUGAGAGACUACUUGUUUAUGAGUUUCUUCCCAAUAAAAGCCUCAAUUACUUCAUAUUUGAUCCAACCAACCACAAACUCUUGAAUUGGGAAAGGCGCUACAAAAUUAUAGAAGGCAUUGCUCGAGGUCUUCUUUACCUUCAUGAGGAUUCUCGACUGCGAAUUGUUCAUCGUGAUCUCAAGUUAAGCAAUAUUCUCCUAGAUCAAGAGAUGAAUUCAAAGAUAUCUGAUUUUGGCACAGCAAGAUUGUUAUGUGAGGAUCAAACUCAAAGUGAUACAAGUCAAAUUGUGGGAACCUAUGGAUAUAUGGCACCAGAGUAUGUGAAUUAUGGACAUUUCUCUAUGAAGUCUGAUAUCUUUAGUUUUGGUGUGAUGGUUUUAGAGAUUGUAAGUGGCAGGAAAAAUGUGCUAAGCUUUGCAUGGAAAAAUUGGAGGGCAGAUACAAUUACUAAGAUUAUUGAUCCCUCAAUAAAUGAUGUUUCAAGAGAUGAAAUAAUGAGAUGCAUCCACAUUGGAUUACUAUGUGUUCAGGAAGAUGUGGCUGACAGACCCACAAUGGCUUCAAUUGUACUUAUGCUCAACAGCUAUUCUACCACUCUUCCAGUACCUUUGCUCCCCACAUUUUAUAUUAGUGGAACAAGUUUAUCAGAUAAAGAUUCAAGUGAGAAUAAUUCAGGGUCAACAACAACUGGUGAAUCCAGAAGUAACAUCAACCAAGUGUCAGCAAAUGAAGCUUCCAUUACUGAGCUAUCACCUCGCUAA